AAGUUUUUGUGGACACCUGAUGUAACUGUGAUAAGUGUGAAGGAGAGAGCUUGCGUAUUUGUGUAAGAUGACGCUGUUUUCCUCUUCCUCAUCUCAUUUUCUACUAUAUGUAGCCAUCCAUGAUGUGGCUGUCCCAAGACCAGAGGGAGAAGGAGGAGAGUUGGUUGUCAUGUCAACAGCGAUGCGAGUCACUGCAGGAGCAGCUGUUGGCAUGGCAACAGAAAGACGAGGAGGUGACCCGGAGAAUGGAACGAGCAGAGGAUGAGAUGAAGGACCUGAGAGCAGCCCGAACCACUUUGCAGGAGGAUGUGGGAGAACUGGAGAGAUUGGAGGAUACCUUCAGAAUAAGGCUAAAGACUGCACAGGAGCAGAGGUCAAAGAUUCCUGCUCUGGUGCGUUCAGCCACACAUGAGCUUCAUGAGGAGUUGGCAGAGCUGCAGAAGUGCAUUAAACAGCAGAACAAGGAAACACAGAAUAUCCGCGAGAGCGCCUCCCAGAGGGAGCAGCAGUUACUGCAUGAUUGGAGUACAGGAGAGGCACAGCUCCAGUCUGCCCUGCAGGAUCUGCAGCAGAGGACACAGGAGCUGAACCAGGCUCAGAGAAACAUGCAGCUGCUCAGAAAACAGAGACACACACUAGAAGAAAAGAAGUCUCUUAUUGAAGAAACAGUAAUGCGUGAGUGUGAGGAGAGGGAAGAACUGAACUCAGCACUGACUCUGGCCAGAGAACAGCUGCUGGAACUCAAACAGUCCACCACAAAAGCAUGCAACACCCAAACCCACACCCCACUGUCCAGAUCUACAGCCAUGUGCCCUGACCUUUCCAACCCCAAGCUCAGUACUCACACAUGCAAUCGUGGCAGCCUGUCCACUCAGGGCAGCAGACAUAAGUGUUUGGCUGAGUGACAUUAUAACAGUGUGGGAAGAAAUGUGGCAUUCUGGCAUGGAACAGCACGGUCUGCACCCACUCUGCCCCACUAUUCCUUCAGAGAACGAGUCAUGCAAAAGCAUCACCAUGCUGAUUGACAUUGGUCUCUUUGUACACAAGGUCUUUCCAUACUCUCUAUUUCCAUCUCUCCUCUGAUUAUGAAUUAGCAGGAGAGCACGUGUGGUGUCGAAGUCAUUUCCUUACUCGGCAAAGUGGCACAAAUGGAAAGAUUUUUACAGUCUGGCAUUACCUCCUCCUUUUAUCUCUUUCUUUCUUUCUUCUUUUUUCCUUCAGUGUUUUGGGAAGAAAAAAACUUAUUUAAUGAAUUGUGUUUAAUCAAAUUUAGUCUUGCAUUGUUUUGACUGACUUUGAUCGGCAGAAUUGUUUUAUUUGUAUUGACAAUUUCUCAAACUAUGACCCUGUUUCCAUCUGGUAUUAAAAUGUGGUCAGGUGAAACACAUCCUUGUUUACACCUAGUCACUUAAAUGCGUCUCCUGUGACCACCUGAGAUCGGAUUUGGAUCUGCUACAUGACGACAUACAUCAAUAACUUUGUCAUGAACAAGUUUGUUCAUUCUCACCUCCUGUUAUUACUUCAUGAAUUUAGCACAUGCUCCCUUUCAGAUGCGCUCUUGACCCAGAGGCUUUUAUCCUUGACUAAGCUGUGUGCCUACGAUCUCCUUCCACACUUCCUGCCAAUGUGACCCCUCCAUCUCUUCCUCUGUGCUUUGAAGUGGGAAAGUCUUUCAAGUAGUGCCAAACAGAGUAUCCCUUCUCUUAGUUCUUGUGUGAACUCUGCACAACAACAGCACAGAAGCCAGGAAGACAUUUUUCCAUGCAUUGAGCCUUCAUUUAUGGUAGAAAUAACAACUUUUCUGUCUGGCCUGGUCAGAGAUGAAAAGGCUCCUUUACUGUCUCCUCAUAAUGAAAAAGAGUUGCUCUUUGUGUUUUUUAAGCUUAGGAAAUGCUAACGCAUGUGGAUCUUAUUAAUCAUCUCAUCCAAAUGAUUCAAUUGUCCAAUUUGUCAAACAUGUAAAUUCUCAUCCUUGUGGUAGCUUUACUCCCCAUUUUGUAGCUUGCUAGCAAAUUACUUUUUAAAAGCAUACAAAGGCAUAAAAUGUAAUGUUUGAGGUAUGACAGUGAAUUUUUUGUUCUAGAACAAAGUAGAAAAGGGUCUUCAAGUAAUGUUAACUGCAGACCUUAUUUUACGCAUAAAUCAGAAACUGUUGUUCUAAUAACGCAUAGUGAAUUAGCCUUCUGGGUUGGCAUACAAAUUGCCUAAAGCGGCUGCAAAACAAACCAAUAAGUGAUUGGUGGUCAGAACUUAAAAAACAAAAAAAACAAUCACUGUCAUAAAAGUAAUCCAUAUGACAGCAGUGGUUAAAUCCAUGUCAUCAGAAGCGAUAAGAUAUGUGUGGGUGAGGAA